CGGAGAAGGCACACUGGAUGUGUUGGCCAAUAUGUGGAAUGGACUUUAGUAUCAAUUAGAUGUAUUUUGGGCCACUAAAGGUGCACAAGUUUAGGUUGCAUACAUCAGAUUAGUAAGUAAGUAAGUUUAUUCAGGUAUACAGAAAUACAGUUACAUAGAAUUAUCAUACAUAGCAGCAUAUGUGUAGAGAACCUAGGAUAACCCAAAAAAGUCAGAGUGACGUGAUGGUGAAAGUGUUUCUUCUUUUUUGGGUCACCCUACCUUGGUGGGAGAUGGCCAGUGUGUUAAAAAAAUCAGAAAAGGAGUUUGUAUUGUAUAGGAGUAUACAAUAGAAUAUGUUGUGCUGUUGGUUCCAGCAACAUCUCCAGCCUACUGAGGCAGGCUGAUUGUGAUUUGUAAGCCACCAUAAAUAAUGGAGAGUGAAGCUGAACAUUCUACCACCUGUAACCUUGACACCUCAUACUGUAUAACAAAAUUUCUUGCGGACUCUCUUUUGCGUUUCCUAAUUAGUUAAGAUGCAGGUUAACAUUUAUUUGCAUGGUUAUGUGCGAGUCAGCUGCUCUCGAUGUUUAACAAUAAAUUAGUCAUUGGCUUCAUUUAUAGUUUGGUUUAAUAUGUUUAUUAUGCACCCCAUACCCAUCCUGUGGGCGGUAGUCAAAAGAUUACAGAGGUACAUAAUUGGUCCAGGGACUGGACCCCAAAGUUUUGAUGGAUGAACAAGAUACAAAGGAAGUGUCAAAACUACGGAAGUGUCUCCUGCUGAGGCUCAGGAAAAAUAACCAAGGAACAACGUAAACAAAACUGAUCCUGCCCUGGUUAUCAGGUCACUUUCCUGCCUUGCAGGUCACUGUCUUACCUACCAGGUCACUGCCUCACCUACCAGGUCACUGUCACCUACCAGCACCAGGGUUUUGCCAUUACUGCUUUUCAAAUGGCAGAUUUUGCAUAUUAUGACUAUGACCAAGAAUCUGACAGUGCAGAAUACGUAGAUUAUUAUGAUGAGGAUAUAUAUGAGUUCCCAGGUGAAGAGCCUUGGGAAGAAGAAGAAGAGGAAGAAGUCACAUCCCAGUUUACUUUAUCAGAGUUGUAUGAGUACUGCGUUGUUCCAACUCUCUCUGAUUCUUACCACCACCUUUACAACUUGUUAGUGUGGUCCCUUAUCUUCAUGCUCACAACUAGAAUUGUACGUCCUCCUGCAUGGCUUGUGCACCUGAUCUCUACUGCAUGUGGUUGUGUGGUUGUUUGGGACCUAUUUGGUCUUCGUACAGGCUACAUGGCCUGUCUCACAGGAGUGGGAAUCCUCGCCCUUGUUGUCUCUCACUAUGCAUCUCAGUCUCGCCGAGGCCCUUGGACCUGUGUGGCAUGUGUUGCUUUUCUCAUCUUUGGGGAGUUGUGGUGGGCUGACCCAGUUGACUGGCAUAGCAUACGAGGUUCCCAGAUGAUCAUCUUAAUGAAGCUGGUGUCUGUUGGAUAUGACCUGGAUUCUGCAACACUUCUCAGUCCCCCCAAUCCUCUAGAGAUAGCAGGAUACAUCAUGAAUCCUGGCACUGUUAUUUUUGGUCCCUGGUUUUCAUUUAGCUCAUACCUGAAAGUUGUUGGACCAUUAUCUUGGAGUCUGUGGUUGAUCCCUGGUAUUGUGCUUCGCCUGGCACUGAGCAUCAUGUUCCUGCUGGUAUCCACUUGCUACACCUCCUGGCUUGUCCCAGAUUCAGCCAAUAGAUGGGGAUUGGCAUAUAGAGAAGCACUCUCUUUUCGAUUUAGUCACUACUUUGUCUCUUACCUGAGUGAAACAUCUGCUCUUCUUGCUGGUUUGGAUAUGAGCAAGGUUGCCAGGCCAUAUUUUAUUGAGCUUCCACGAUCUCUUGUUGAGGUGGUUAUAUACUGGAAUGUGCCUAUGCACCACUGGCUCAAGACCU